CUGCGCGCGCCCGCUGCUCCCAGUCGAUGCCCACAGCCGCCACCGCCGGCUGUCAGCGCACGCCUGCCUGCGCUGGAAGCACGCUGCGGGCGAGCAGGUUCCUGGCAGAGAUGCAGCUUAAAACCGUUGCGGCAUGGUUGCUCGUCACGACAGCAGUAGUUUCAGUGGCGGCCGCAGGGGAGAGACACAACCCGUCCACCAUGAGCAAGAGCCUCUUCAACCGCGUCUUGGACCACCUCUCCGGAAGAACUAUCCUGGACGGGCUGGCGCGCAAGCUGACCAACCUGACAGACCGCCCGAUAGACAUCUCCCGGCUGGCGGAGGGCUACAGCCAGCGCAUGCACAAGCCGCAGAGGCUGCUCGGUCUCCCCGCACUCGAUCCCCUCCGGAUGGACAGCAUGCCGCUCAACUUCGACAGCGACAUGGCCAAGGUGAGAGGUGAGGCCUGGAACGUGACGGUGCUCGGCAUCUCGAGCAUGCGGGCUCGCCAGCUGCGACUGCGGCCUCUGUCCUCCAGGGUGGACUUCGAGCUGCUCUUCCCGUCGGUCUCGGCCACUGGCAACUACCGCAUGAACGGCACCUUCGCCAACUCCAUCCACGCCUUCGGCGAGGGGCCCUUCAACAUAACAGUUAAAGACCUGAAUGCCACGGGUUUCGUGAUUGUCACGCCAGAAGGAGACCACCUCAAGGUGAAGGAUGUCUUCGUCGAAGUGAAUCUUACCAGCCUACAGAUGGACCUUCAAGGGCUGUUGGGCGGCGGUGAGACGGGCCGGCUGCUGAGCGCCGCCAUCGGCGACGCCGCGCCGCGGCUGCUGCAGGAGCAGCGAGAAGACGCCACGCGCUACAUCUCGGCCUUCGUGCGCGACGCGCUGGACCGACAGCUGACGUCGGUGCACGCGGCCGCCUGGACCCGGGCCUACCGCUCGCUCGUCUGCGCAGCCACCGUGGGGCUCGUCUGCCGCGCGCCCACCUAACGCGCAUGCGCCGAAUCCUGUGUAGCGCCACAACGUAGCGCGCACGUGCUACACUUCACCGAGCGAUCUUCGCCAAUAAAGGCGACUGCCCUCUACAGCAAAGCGUCUUUCGUUAUUUUCGUAACUCAGGACAGGGGCCGUGGAGGAACUUUUCAUGUGACAUCGUCGGUAAUCAUUCUUACUAUCCUACUCGAUAAUGUUAGCUAAUGGCUACGGCGGAAAAAGUAAUGAUUAGUGAUUUCUUUAUGUUCAUUGCACAUACACGAUUUGGUCUAGUUACAGUACUACGUGUUGAACUUAUCUUGAUCAUUAUGAGAAGGAGAUGUAAGAUACUGGAGGAAGCAAGAUCCGCCGAGCACAUAAACCACACCUUCCUCAUACAGUUCUAAUACCGCACCUUUACUUUUGUACUUCAAGCUGAGCGCCUAUGAAGGCGAAGCGCCGGCCGUAGUGGCCGAGCGGUUCUAGGAGCAAUAGUCUGGAACCGCGCGACCGCUACGGUCGCAGGUUCGAAUCCUGCCUCGGGCAUGGAUGUGCGUGAUAUCCUUAGGUUAGUUACGUUUAAGUAGUUCUAAGUUCUAGGAGACUGCUGACCUCAGAAGAUAAGUCCCAUAGUGCUCAGAACCAUUUGGAAGCAGAAGCGACAUGCGCUUCAGUAAUCUUUGUAGCCCUUCUUCUGAGAGAGACCCCUUUUCCAAAAUGAACUGUUACCUCAGACCCCCAUGACCAAAUUACCUACUUUUAAGAUCAACCCUCUUAUUCAUAAUGGUCCGCUAACUUAAAACAGCUGCUACAGAGUGUCAUUUUUCAUUCUGACUUAGGUCAAUAGAAGAAAGAGUGAGAAUUAGCAAUGCUUUAAGUUCGCAGACUAUUAUGAAUAAGCGGGCCAAUCUUUAGUUUUUUCCUAUUGAUACAAAAUACCGAGGUACUAAGGUACCAAUUGGAAAACUUUGCACUUGGUUAAGUGAGUAAAGUAAACUUCAUUUUCUCAUCAAAAUUUAACAAAAUAAAAACACAUACAAUUCAGUAAAUAUCAAGUUUAAUUUAUAAUGAUUAUUACAAAUUAAAUACUUAAGUAGGUAGGAAAUUAUAUUUAAAAAGUAUUAAUUCGCAAAGAGAAAAUAAAACAAUGCUAUUUCCUACAAAAAUAUUAAUUAUUCUUAGUACACGUAACACAACAUAAACAAUACAGUACCUACCUAUCUUGAAAGUCUUAAAUAAGAACUUGUGUUAAUUUAAUAGAGGUCGAUUUUUAGACCUCGUCGACCCCCAAAAUCAGUUUUCGUUUAUGUCGACCCCUAGGAAACCGAUAUCGACCCCAAGGGGUCGAUAUCGACCACUUUGGGAAGUUUAGUGGAUCCUUCAACAAGCGCAGAACUGGUUCAUUGUUGCUGUCCACACAACAAACCUACUGCGCAAUACAAUAUUCACAACGUAUUGUCAUGGCUGCUGCAAUGCUACACACUAUACAUCUGUUUUUAGAACUGUGCGUCUGGCAGUGACUAGGCACAAACCAGUAGCAACUCGAAGUCUUCCAACUUUGACCAAUUUAGAACUAAUGAUCCCAGCAAUCAAUAAAACUUCGAUAAAUACUACGUACACUGAGCUUUAUAUUAUGGUCAUUUUACAGCUUAUUAAUUAUGUGGUUAUUACACUCAAAAAAUACUCAUAACAUGCAAUAUGGAAUGCAUAUCUUAUUUUCUCACAUUGCUGAACAUAUCUCAAUGGCUUUUUUCGAUUUGUACUAGACUCUACCAUGAAUACUAUGGCUGUAAUAACGAGUUUGGACGGUCCAAUUGGAACAUUAAAAGAGGUACAAAAAUUGACAACUGCAUCAAAACAUGGAACAUACAAAGAGAAACAGCUGUUUCUUUAUGAAUGGCUGCCACAAACCAGUCAUUCUUAUUAGAAUUAUAAACAUGAAGGUUAGAGGUGCCAUGUCACUGACCGCGCGGCCUCUCCCGCCAGAGGUUCGAAUCCUCCCUCGGGCAUGGUUGUGUGUGUGUUGUUCUUAGAAUAAGUUAGUUCAAGUAGUGUGUAAGUCUAAGCACCGAUGACCUCAGCAGUUUGGUCCCUUAGAAAUUCACACACAUUUGAACAUUUUGAACAUCAAGGUGAGUGUUACAAACCUGGAAGUGUAACUGGAAAAGGGAUUAAAAACUAAAACAGCAUGAAGUUACCCGUGACAGUCCCUCAUUUGUUACCAUGUCCAUUUACUUUAUUUUGUUUAGAUCUCUAUACGAUGUUCUCCAGCAUUUUAAUCGUUAUCUAAUAAAAUUAGACUGAACAGUCUACCUAAUGGUUACCCAUCUAAUGUUUACAAUCAUGUGAGAUAAUCAUUAUAGCAUUGUUUUCUUGCAUAAUUCGCAAUGUUCUCAUUGUCUUUAAGAAGUUCGCGUUUUUUUUAAAUGGCAUCUAAAUAACACGGUCAGUUGACAUCUAUUUAGUCAGCACAAAUAUACAGGUAGUAAAUAUUAUGGUGAAAGUAUAGUAGAACACCAAACAAAAAUAAAAGUAAGAUGCUGACUAGUUAUUGUGUUCUGGUAGUGCUGUUACCAUUUCACUGAAUGUAAAUCUGAAAGACUCCUUUUUAAUUGCUGAAGACACCAAGUAUGAACAACUCCUGUGGAAUUUCGUCGUAGGUGAAAGCAAAUGACUGGUUUCAUAGGUGCUUUGAAGGGGACUAUUACACUGUCCUGAAAAAGACAGCACAUUCAGUAAAAAGAAGGUAACUACUACCCAAUCUCCACCACCAAAAGGAAACUAAUAUUUUGAGUUCUCCCAGUUGUUGUUGUUGUCUUCAGUCCUGAGACUGGUUUGAUGCAGCUCUCCAUGCUACUCUAUCCUGUGCAAGCUUCUUCAUCUCCCAGUACCUACUGCAACCUACAACCUUCUGAAUCUGCUUAGUGUAUUCAUCUCUUGGUCUCCCUCUACGAUUUUUAUCCUCCUCAUUAGUUACGUGAUCUAUCCACCUUAUCUUCAGCAUUCUUCUGUAGCACCACAUUCCGAAAGCUUCUAUUCCCUUCUUGUCCAAACUAGUUAUCGUCCAUGUUUCACUUCCAUACAUGGCUACACUCCAUACAAAUACUUUCAGAAACGACUUCCUGAUACAUAAAUCUAUAUUCGAUGUUAACAACUUUCUCUUCUUCAGAAACGCUUUCCUUGCCAUUGCCAGUCUACAUUUUAUAUCCUCUCUACUUCGACCAUCAUCAGUUAUUUUACUUCCUAAAUAGCAAAACUCCUUUACUACUUUAAGUGUCUCAUUUCCUAAUCUAAUUCCCUCAGCAUCACCCGAUUUAAUUUGACUGCAUUCCAUUAUCCUCGUUUUGCUUUUGUUGAUGUUCAUCUUAUAUCCUCCUUUCAAGAUACUGUCCAUUCUGUUCAACUGCUCUUCCAAGUCCUUUGCCGUCUCUGACAGACUUACAAUGUCAUCCUCUCCCUGAAUUUUAAUACCUACUCCAAAUGUUUCUUUUGUUUCCUUUACUGCUUGCUCAAUAUACAGAUUGAAUAACAUCGUGGAGAGGCUAAAACUCUAUCUCACUCCUUUCCCAACCACUGCUUCCCUUUCAUGCCCCUCGACUCUUAUGACUGCCAUCUGAUUUCUGUACAAGUUGUAAAUAGCCUUUCGCUCCCUGUAUUUUACCCCUGCCACCUUCAGAAUUUGAAAGAGAGUAUUCCAGUCAACAUUGUCAAAAGCUUUCUCUAAGUCUACAAAUGCUAGAAGCGUAGGUUUGCCUUUUCUUAAUCUUUCUUCUAAGAUAAGUCGUAAGGUCAGUAUCGCCUCACGUGUUCCAACAUUUCUACGGAAUCCAAACUGAUCCUCCCCGAGGUCCGCAUCUACCAGUUUUUCCAUUCGUCUGUAAAGAAUUCGUGUUAGUAUUUUGCAGCUGUGACUUAUUAAACUGAUAGUUCGGUAACUUUCACAUCUGUCAGCACCUGCUUUCUUUGGGAUUGGAAUUAUUAUAUUCUUCUUGAAGUUUGAGGGUAUUUCGCCUGUCUCAUACAUCUUGCUCACCAGCUGGUAGAGUUUUGUCAUGACUGGCUCUCCCAAGGUUCAGUUGUUCUAAUGGAAUGUUGUCUACUCCGGGGGCCUUGUUUCGACUCAGGUCUUUCAGUGUUCUGUCAAACUCUUCACGCAGUAUCUUAUCUCCCAUUUUGUCUUCAUCUACAUGCUCUUCCAUUUCCAUAAUAUUGUCCUCAAGUACAUCGCCCUUGUAUAAACAUUCUAUAUACUCUUUCCACCUUUCUGCCUUCCCUUCUUUGCUUAGAACUGGGUUGCCAUCUGAGCUCUUGAUAUUCAUACAAGUGGUGUUCUCCCAGUACAAUCAUAUUAUCAGUUUUGUUAGCCUCACAGAGUCGAAAAGUCUGACGAAUGUCCGUUUUUAUUAUUUAUUGUCUGAUUCCAGAAAUGACAGACCCCAGUGUUUCAAUUUGUCUGGAAGUUUGUUACUUUUUUUAUUUGUUUCUGUUUUACUUAUGUUUCCAGUGCUCCUGAUACAGAUUAAUAGUCUAGCAUGCAAGUUAGCUAUCGGUAUUAAAUAUUCUGUACUCGUAGUACUAUUUUGUCUAGGUUAAAAAUAAAUUUUCGUAUUCUUCAUGUUA